AUGUCGUUGUCCUUUGAGCGCGUUGCCUCAGCCCUGGACGGGGACUGGAUCACAAGCCCCGUUCUCGUUGCGCUGGCCGCCGUCCCCUUCGCGUUGUACUGCCUGUACCAAUGGCUCCUGCCAAAGCCGAUCCCAGGCAUCGCGUACAACCCGGAGGCGACAAGAACCCUUUUUGGCGACGCUCCCGCCAUGAUCAAAGAGGUCAGCGUGACAGGCGAGUUCCGCGUGUGGUGCGCCAAGGAGAUGAAGAAGAUGAACUCGCCCAUCUGCCAGAUCUUCAUCCGCCCCUUCUCCCAGCCAUGGAUUCUCCUGGCCGAUUACCGCGAGGCCAGAGAUAUCCUGACGCGCCGGAAGGAGUUUGACAAGUCGUCCUUUCUGUCGGACGGUAUGGCAUGCAUGGGGGCAUUUCACGGCAUUUACAUGACGGGCGACAAGUUCAAGUCCAACCGCCAGCUCAUCCAGGAUCUCAUGACCACCAGCUUUCUGGACAAACACGUUGGCCCGGCCGUUCAUAACAAGGGGCUGGAGUUGAUCCGGCUCUUCGAGAUGAAAAUGGAUUUGGCAAAAGGGCGGCCGUUCAGUGUCAAGAAGGAUUUUGAAUAUGCCUCUCUCGACGUGAUGCUCGAGUUCGCCUUUGGCAAGAACUGGGUACACACGGCAAUGGGCCAGCAACUGGAGCUCGUACGCAACCUGGCGCCUUCUGAUGUGGAGCUCGAUGCCUCGGUGGAUCAACCCGUCACGUUCCCACUCGCGACCAUCGUCGACUUCCUGCACUCGGUCUAUGAGGCCCCUGAGAUUGUCGAGAAGACCAUCAACGCGCUCAUGCCAAAGCUUCAGACGUGGUGGUGGUCAAAACAGUCGUGGUACACGAAGAUCUUUGACGACAAGGAGCGUGCCAUGAAGGAACAAAUCGCCAUCGGCUUGAAGAACUUCCAGGCUGGACACGUCGAGACGGGCGUGGAACACAUGUUGAUGCGCGAAGCAGCCAGAGCCGAGAAGGAAGGCCGGCAGCCAGAGUUUGAUAGCCAAGUGUUUCGGGAUGAGCUGUUCGGCGACAUUGUCGGAGGCCAUCACACGACCAGCGGAGCCAUGAUGUGGCUGACAAAAUACCUCACUGACUUGCCUCACAUCCAAACGAAGCUCCGCGCGGUACUUUACGACACACUUUCGGCGGCGAGGAGCGAGAACCGGUUGUUCACCUUCCAGGAGAUCCGCUAUGCCAAACUGCCAUACCUAGACGCGGUGAUCGAAGAGAUGUUGCGUAUCAACGCAGUGCCGGUCACACGGGAAGCCCUUUGCGACACGACGAUCCUGGGGUGCCCGAUCAAAAAAGGGACUCAGGUUUUCCUCAUGUCCAACGGCCCGGGCUUCUUGGGGCCUUCUCUCACUGUUGACGACUCAAAACGGAGCGAAACAUCGCGGGCAGCCAAACUCAACGCCGGGUGGGACGAGACGCGGGACUUGUCGCUCUUCGAGCCGGAGCGUUGGCUCGUCCGGAGAAACAAAGGCGAGGGUGUGUUGGCGGAGGAUGUCGACUUUGACGCCGGGGCAGGGCCGCAACUGGUCUUUGGCUUGGGGCCGCGUGGUUGCUGGGGAAGGCGACUGGCUCACAUGGAAAUGAGGACCAUUAUGGCCAUGCUGGUGUGGAACUUCCAGUUCUCGAAGUGUCCCCCACCUAUUUCAAGUCACGCCGGACUUGAAGGGAUUGCCCGUGUUCCGCAGCAAUGUUAUGUGAGGAUCACCGCCAUUUAA